CUCUCUCUCUCUCUCUUCUCCCCCCCUCUCCCUCUCUCCCUGCCCCCCCUCGGUCUCCUCCCUAGCUCUGCCCCUCCCUCGCUCUUUCUCUUCCUCCCUCCUACCUCCCUCCCUCCCUCCUCUCUCCCUGCUGCAUUUUGCAUGAGCUAUCUAGGUCAUUAGCAUUUUAGCGUAUGCAAGACUUGACAAAGCUGAUGAGGGGCCAGAUGGGCCUCGCUCUUAUGGGUUUUUUUUUCUCCUCCUCUUCUUCUUCUUCUUCUUCUUCUUCUUCUUCUUCCUUCUUCUUCUUCUCUCUCUCUCUCUCUCUCUCUCUCUCUCUCUCUCUCUCUCUCUCUCUCUCUCCUCUCUCCUUUCUCUCUUUCCCCUCCAUCACUUGGGACCUGAGAGAGGACUGCAGCAGGCGAGUUCCGGAAGGCUGGCUCCCCGGAUCCCUGCCGCGGACCACGGCGGCUCCCUCAGCCGCACGCCCGGCCCGGCUGUGCCAGGACUCGGCCGGCGAGGAAAAAAAAAAAAAAAGGCCUGGACCCGAAAGGAUGGGGGAGAACAAAGAGCCUCUGGAAGACGUCGCCGUUAUCUCAUUGUCUGUGCGAUUGGGGGAGCUGCGCCGGAGAGGAUGCUGUGGUCCUUUCCUCCCGGCGCUCCCCGCCCCCACCCACCCCUCUCCCCCGCUGUCAGUGCGCACGCACCGCGCCGCUUUCUACUUAUUUUUCCCUGGUUGUUGGUUUGUGUGUGUGUGUGUGUGUGUGUGUGUUGUGUUUUUUGUCUUUUGUUUUUUCCAUUCCACCUUCUUCCCACCCCCUUCUAUUUCUCCUCGCCUUUCCUUCCUCCUCGCCUUCCUCAGGAGAAUGGCCUCUCUCUCCGUGUUCACAGCGGACCUUGAUUUAAAUGUCCAUACAAUUAAGGCACGCGGUGAAUGCCAAGAAUGGGGCUGGCUGAGCGCCGUGGUCGGCGAGGACCCGCCAAGGAAGGAGCCGCGGAGGAGCCGAGGCGCCCUCCGCAGAGCCCAGCGCUGCGGAUUCAGGCUGGAGGGGGCCCGGGCUCCCGGCGGCCGGAGCCCUGGGCGCGGGGAGGUGUGUGAUGGGGGACAGACCGGGGCUUAGCGAUGCGAACGGACUCGGGAGAGAAACCGAAGCUGCCCGCAGAUCUGUGCAAGCACCGAAGGCGGGCGGGAGGGGGCGGGGCGGGAAGAUUGGGGUGCGGUGUGCCUGUGAGCGCAUUGCGGAGUGCUUCGGUGUGCAUAUUUUUCUCUCUAGGCUCGGGGGGCAUUGUACGCGGGUGGACACUUUUCUCCGCGGCUGUGUUUUUGUCCCGGGCUGAGAUUUUGGUUUGCUCUUUUAAAAAAUAAUUAUUAUAAUAAUCUGGCAUCCAGAAGACUGGCCGGCUGUGCUGGGGCUUAGACUGCGGAUAUAUUUUGUUCGGCUUGAGGUCUGGGGGAGGGAGGAAGCCAGUGGGAAGGGCGGAGGGAGAUGUUUGUCACCUUUUGCUGUAGAGCUGUGGGCACCUGGCUAGCUUAAGGAAGUCAUUGGGGUGUGGGGGGAAAGGAACGAAUUCCUGGUGGGUCCACAGGCUCCAUCAGGGCUGAAAGCAUGCCCAGGGCUCUCGGGAGCAUCUCACUUCCUCCUUGUGGCUGUAAUUGCAGUUUUAGGCAGGGAUCCAAGAGAUGCGAAGGAAGGGAGAGGCGCAGUAACCUACAUGUACCCGAGUGGAGGGGGAGGGGAGAGACAUUCCUUUUAAAAUCCUAACAGAAGGAAAAACAGAAUGUGUACAAGUGAGGCUCUGAGGAAAGACUUUUGAAAGAAACCAUCAGGAAAUGCAAAGUGUCAACCCUCCUUCAUUCUGCAGAACCUGCUUCCCCAAUGGGACCUUCCCAUCACUAGACCUAAAGCAGCUGGUCCGAGGGACCCCUUCACACAGCCCCAUUCCAUCUCCUGCUCUGCAGUGACACCCCCCUCCCCCAAUCUGAGAUGGAGGGCGGCAAGACCUAAACGCAUUAAUUUUCUGGUGGAGAACAUGGAGGAGGGGCAGGUCCCUGCAGAGAAAGGAGGCCAAGAGCUGGAUCUUCCUACCCAGGAAGGCUGCUGCUCCGCUUCCUCCCCUCCUGCCCCCCUCCAUGCCCUUAGCUGCAGAGGCCUGUCUUUGCAAGGCCACCGCCAUAAGGAUGCUUAGGAUUUUCGUUUGAUUACUUACACAGUAAUCAAGGCCGAAGAGGCUCAGCUGUAGCUUACAGAGGAGCUCUUUCCUCUCCAAAGCCUCAGCCUAACCCACUAAAUAAAUUCGUAUUCAAAGAUAUCCUAGCCUCAUUUCCUCCCAAAUAUUUAUGUGCCAAUCAUUGUGUAACUAUUAUUUCUUAGGUUCUUCCUUUUCCCUUCUAAGAGGGUGUCUGGUGAGGUGAAGUGUGCCGGACCCCACCUAGACAUUUCCAGAACCUUCUCUGGGUCUGCAGAAAGGUGCAGCAAACUGCUCACCCCUGCAGAGAAGGCUGGCGGUUCACACCAUGCAAACUGUGGGUAUGCGGGCUGUUCCUCAAGCCCCAGAAGGCAAGUUUAGCUGGAGGGCAGAAGAGAGAGCAGCUUCACUGGCCCCUGAGCCUUAGCCAGGGCUGUCCUAAGAGACACUGGCAGCCUUGCCUUCAAAAUAGACCGCCCUCCAAACAGUGCCUCCUUGGGGUGUAGAUUCCCUGGCCUCUCCCCUCCGUCCUCACUGAGAGGCUGCUCGCCUCUGAUGACCAACCGCUUGCCCCUCAGCUGUCCACAUUAGGGAGCCUUGUCUCCGUAAUUGCUUCCCCGUAAUUCCAUCAGACAUGGCUGCGCCCUUUGCUGAUGUGCCUGCUCAAGUAAUGUCCCUUUUAGAUGGAAACCUAACACACUUCUCCGUGAGAGCGUAAACCGCAGGCACCAUGGACAAGGCGGCCAGGGUCCUGCUGCUGCCGGUAAUCUGCAAUGGGAGGGGCAUAUUUUUAUGACUUAUGUAAACUCUUGCUUCAGAAAGCUUUAAUGUGUGUGAGGAUUGUCCUGUGCUCACCAGGUCUCGUUACACAAUGUGUUUUUAUGUGGGGACUUUAAUGGCCGGCAGAGACGAAUGUACCACUCUGCCCCCUGUGUAAUUCCAAGGCCCCUUUUGUGAUUUCCAAAUAGAGGUUUUGGAGUGAAGGUCAGUCCUGGCGUCUUCCCUUCUCCUAUAUUGGGGGCCUAUUUGUCUGCGAUAUUUACGUAAGAGACAAAGAUCUCUGCUUUUUCAAGGCAUUUAUUUAACUCUCAAUGCCAUCUUUCCCCUUACACAUUUGAACCCCCCUAAUGAUAUCCUACCAUUUAAGUGAAGAGGGACGUAUAUGGUUUGUUCAGUAUAGAACAUGUCGGAGGCAGUUUACUGACAAUACGUUAAGAAGGCCCUACUGGCUCACACACAGUACCAUCAUUAUGGUCCUCAAGGUGAAUGUACCAGAUACUUAAAGAUGAAUUCAGAAAUAUAUCAGAGUAGAAAAAAAAAUGGAAAUGUUCUUCUUUCCCUGCCAGAGAUGGCCCAAAUCUCUGUUUAAGCAGAAAGAAAAUUAAUCAAGAGACAAAGGUAAAUUCCUCUAUCAAUUCUGUCACGGGGUGUAAAAUGUGUGGACAGUUAACUGUGGAUGCAUGAAGAACCUUAGCUAGAGAAAUGUUUGGGAGAGCGGUGAUUUCUCAGCAGGCCGAUGCUCAUAUAUACACACACACAAUUCAUACAUACUUUUUUUCCCCUCAUAACCAUAGCCCUUGUUAAGAUUAACAGAAAAGCAUUUAACCACACACGGACACACACACACACCUCCAUCCAACCAUUGAUACUGUCUCCACAGGGAAAUAAAUUUUCUCCUUCCCUCGACUGAACUUACAUAAUACCCCCAACCCUUGUUCCAACCUGAGAAUGGAGUUCUCUGGGGGCAGCUGCACAGCAUUCUCCCCGGGACAGAUGGAGCCGCCCUUCCUCCCCUAUCCUGUGGGUGGUUUCAGAACCCCAUGAGUCAACAGCAGCUGAGGGCUGUGCUGGAGCCCGUGUGUGUGAGGCUUGGCUGGCUGAUUCACGGCGAUGAAUAUGUCAAUAAUAACAAUUAUGAGAACGAUGAUACCUAAUAAAGAUUUUUUUUUUCCUUCCAA